AUGAGCGUCUUCUUAUUUGUACCAAAUAUCUUAGGUUACAUACGCAUUGUACUUCUGCUUGUUGCAUGCUUUUUUAUGAGAAGUAGUUGUGAAAUAACGCUCCUCACUUAUGUCUUGUCAUGUCUACUUGAUGCAUUUGAUGGUUAUGCUGCACGAUCAUUAAACCAAAGUACCAAGUUUGGCGCAAUGCUUGACAUGAUUGUUGAUAGAUGCUCAACAAUGUGUUUGUUAGGAUGUCUUAUCUAUUUCUACCCUUCGUAUAUGUUUUUCUUCCAAGUCGUCAUGAUAGUGGAUAUAGCUAGUCAUUGGCUACAUUUACACAGUUCUGUUUUAUCAGGUAGUUCGAGUCACAAAAUUGUGGACCUAAACAGUAACCAGUUCCUCAGACUGUACUAUACAAAUAAAGUUGUUCUUUUUCUGAUGUGCGCUGGAAAUGAAUUAUUCUAUACGAUGCUGUAUGUAUCUCAUUUUUAUCCUGGACCAAAGCGUUUUUUCAUCAGAAGUCUUUUACUGGAUUGGAAUUCAUGUUGGAAAAGAAGCGGUUUAAUUCACAGUUUGUGUUUCCACUGCGGUGAGUAACCUGCGUGUCUGCCCAACCUCCUUGUUUACGAAUUUUUCUAAGUCAUUCACUGCAUACUUCUGUGUUAUAUUUUAGAACUAUUACAGUAUUGUACGUUUAAAAUAUCAUACCAAGUGUAUUUGUUGUUUAGACUGCAGGAAUCCGUUUGUUGACACUUUUUUCGAUUUUUUUUCGAGCUAACAUGAGUUUCAACGGUUCUUCAUCCUACCGGACUAAUCCACUAAACGACUUCAUUGAUAACAGACCACCACCUAAUGUCGAGCCAUACAGCCGGAAGAAAUUGAGACUACGUAAGUUUAUUUAUCAGUUAUCUGUUACGAUGCAUCGGAAGCUAAUUUUAACCUAAGACGACAUAAGUCAACAUUUUAUCGACGUCUCAAAAAUAUAAUUUAGAGUGCAAGAAGCAUUUAGAAGGUACGCUUGUUGUUUCAUAUUAAUAUACUCAGAAUUAUAUGCAAAAUCCCGUGAAAUAGAACCAGAGCAAAAAAUAACUCCAGGAAGCAUGACUUAGGUCAUCAUAAAUUCACAUAAAAUAUGGCGAAGGUAUAUUGACAAGUUAACUCAAGAUUAUAUAAUUUUUUUGGUGCUUGACUAGUAUAACUUUCAUGUAUGUAGACACUAUUGGAUUAUUCUGAUUUAGUAUUAGUGACAUUAUUUCUUUUAUGACUCUAUUUCAUUCAUUUCACGUAUUUAUUAUCUCAUGGUGAACUUUUCACUGCAUCCUUACUAUCCUUACUAUUGUCUUUACACUGACCACUCAUCAGACAUAUUACAAAACCUUGAACUAACCUUUCAAUUUUCCGUCACUACAUUUUAUUAAUUUAUCAUGACUAAUCGUCAUCUGCAUUCAUGUCAUGCUAUUUUGUCAUUCUUAUUCAACCCAAGAUAUUUUUUCAUAGAAAUAAUACUCAUCAUGUCACCCAACAACUUGAAACUAAGCUGAUUUGAAGUCUGUGAUCAUAUCCUUCUUUAAAAUAUAUCGCCGUAUACCUGGCUAUUAUUAAAAUAAUGACAGUUUAUUUAUUUUGUGGCUGUUAGAAAAUUCAUGAGCAGUUACAUGAAGGAGUAAAUAAUAUUAGAAGUACUGUGAAUAGACAUUGGUUCUACCUCCUAGUGACAUAACUACAUUAUUGAGGUAAGUGUAACUGGAUGAAUGAUUGGUUGAUUAGUUACCUAGAAUUAUAUAAAAGAAUUUUCUGUUGUUUCGAUUUAUAAGGGAUAG